AUGCCUUCUUCUCUCACCACCUCCAUCUACAUCAUGGGCGAUCCAGGUUACCCGCUCAUCGCUGAUGUCGUCGGGGCGGAUGUCACUGCUACCACGUAUGUGUUGAACUGCCAGCCGCCUACAGCCACAGGCGAAAACGACGACGACGAUGAAGACGACUACGACUGUGGCUUGUACAAUAUGACCGUGACAGUUGGACCGCAUGCCAGUAAGACUCUUCCUGCCGGCGCCGCGAGCACGGGCAGCUUCGACAUGUUCAUGAGCAUGCCUGAUGAUGAGCAUGAUUUCAAAAUCUCCCUGCACUGCGACAUGUCCAGGACCGUCCUUAAGCAAUGCACCACCAUCAACAUUGGCGGCAACGACGACGGACAUCCCACGGCUACCUUCUCUGGCACCAAGGACAACGCGAUGAUGUUCCCCAUGGCUUACGUCCCUAUCACGGUCACCGCUGGUGCAGAGCUGCUCGAAGCCACGCACACGGGAGCAGCAAAAGCCACCACCACGGCUACUGACGGCCAGACGGCUGCUGACGCCACCAAGACCGGGGGUGCGUCGAGUGCGGAGAGCGGAACUGAGACUUCUGGUGCUUCUUCAUCGGUUGCGCGCUUCCUCGGUGCUUUGUCUGUCGCUGGAAUUGCCGCUGCUCUCGUUAUGUCGUAA